CUGGCAUGCUAUCAUCGUUGAUGGACACAGCGUAGAGGAACUCUGCAAAGCCUUUGGCCAGGCCAAACAUCAGCCAACUGCUAUCAUUGCAAAGACUUUUAAAGGAAGAGGCAUAUCAGGUGUUGAAGAUAAGGAAAGCUGGCAUGGAAAGCCCCUUCCUAAAAACAUGGCUGAACAAGUCAUUCAGGAAAUAGAUGACAAGAUCCAAAAUAAGAAAAAGCUUUCUCCUGCCCUGCCAGAAGAAGAUGCACCUAUAGUAAAUAUUAGAAACAUUAAGAUGCCUUCUCCACCAAGUUACAAAGUAGGAGAAAAG